AUGAUCGGCGUCUCGGCCAUGGUGGCCAAUGACCGCACCCACCCCGGGACCGCCUCCUUUGCGAAUCUGGCGACCAAGAAACGGGAAGGCCGAUACUCGAAUCUCGCCCCAAACCAGCCUUGCGAACUCCAGCUUGUGCACCAGUCUCAUCGGUCAACUCUCCCGGCCAAGGAUACCGAACCAAAUCCCGAGAAGCAGAGCAGAAUGGCCCUCGACAAUAUAUUCACGGGGAACAGGCUCCCAACGCCGCUCGUUUCUGGCAUAUCCGAUUUCCAUCUCUCACUCCUGGCCCCCGUCGCCGUCCACUGGCUUACGUCGGCGCUCUUCGUGCUCUGCGAGAAAACCGGCUGGCUGGGCAAAUACCGGCUCCAUACGUCGGCGGAAGAGCUCAUGAGGAACCGCGUCUCCAAGCGGGAGUGCUUGCGAGCGCUGCAAAUCCUCCUCGGACUUGGUCUGGGUGCUCUCAGCAGCGACGACAUCGCCACCCGCGAACCCGACCACGUCGCCAUCUGGACAGGACGGGUACGCAGCGCAUUCGCGUCAGUCCCCAACUUGCUGUCCCUCUCCGGCAUCGACUUCACGUCUCUGGCAACCACGCUGUCUCGAACCGCUCCUGCCGUGCUCCUCGCGCGCAACGCCGCCGACAUGGCCGCCCUGGAGGAGGCCACGGCCAAAGUACUCGCGGGAUACGUCGUACCCGCCGCACAGCUUGUCGCGGCCCUCGUCGUCAGCGACUUUUGCAUGUACUGCCUCCAUCGCUUGGGGCACACUAAUAAAUGGCUGUACAAGCACGUACAUUCCCAGCACCACCGGCUUUACGUCCCGUACUCAUGGGGCGGCUCGUACAACCACCCAUUCGACAGCCUCGUUGUCGACGGCCUCAGCUACGCCAUUGGCUGCUGGGCGAGCGCCUGCUCUACUAGACUGUCUGUCUUGCUCUUCGCCUACGCCUCUUUCAAGAAUGUAACAGAUCAUUGCGGCUACGUGUUUCCGUGGAACCCGAUUCUGUUUGUCACGGGCACUGACCCGAGUUUCCACGAUGUCCACCACCAGAGCUGGGGGUUAAAGACAAACUUUGGAGCGCAUUUUAGUAUCUGGGACCGGCUUAUGGGCACGUAUUUUGGCGACCAAGUGCAGAUUUUAGAGCUGCGCAAGAGGAAUCGCAUUGCGGCUGAGGCAUCUGCGUUUCGGAAACCGGCUUCGGAGAUGUAG